AUGCCUACCAACCGCCCCUUCUUCGCCAACUUCUUCUCUGCUUUCCGGGCCCGUACCAAUCCUACGUUUCAAGCGAAGUCCAGCACAGCGUACGAUGCCGUGUCUCAAGGUUCACUCGUGGCCAGCGCACAUGUCUCGACAACCAACGCAACAGUGACCUCGUCCGGCACCAGGUCAAUCGCAGCCAGGUCAGCCGCAGAAACAUCCACAACUCCACAGCAACAACACGCCUCCCUCACCUCACCUACCAAGCCCAAUACCUCAACCGCCCCUCUACCUUUCUCCGCAAACCCUAGUUCACAUAGAUAUGCAAGCCCGCUUUCAAGAUCACCAGGAACAAGUUCACCAGGCGGGCCUCUUUCGCACCCACAUUCAAGCCACACCAACACCAAUAUGUCAAUGUCACCACCAGGGGCAUCGACGCCGAUGACCCGAGGACGGCAACGCAGGGGCAGCGACAGUUCAAACUCUUCUGGAGGGUUCAUCGAUGCUCUGGGGCCAGAAAAAUGGUACAUCGGUGGCCGGAACGCCGCCGGCGAAGAGACAUUCUACAAACUGGGCCUGGUCACUGGGGGGACUGGGAGGAGGGUACGCAGUUUAGAUCGAUUGAGUCUUUGA